UUUAGAUGAGGCAUGGGGGAUGUUAUUUGUCCACCCAGAUCUAAUCAGUGACAGAAUUAAAAGGGAGGAAAAAUACAAUUAAACAAGGCAGUGACGCGUCAGUCGCUUUGAUUAGUCUGAUUUCAUGUUUCAGGGUUUAUUACAGACGAAACCUGUCUUUUGCGCGUUAUUUUGGACGACCUGCAAUGGUUGCAACCGACCGAGCGACACCUCAACAAGGCGAGUAGGACGGAAAAAAAAAAUACAUAGGCUAUAUAAGAUUCACUUCCCGGAUAUUUAAUUUUUAAAAUUUUUUUUUUUUAGUUUUCUACCUGGCUUUGCAAAACGUUAAAUGAAUAUACCAUUGUAAUUGGACGCAUUUGGAGGCAUUUAAUGGAUGAUUCGCGAUGCACAUCUCAUCCUCCGUCGAUGAGCGCAGCAAAAUAGUGUAGAAAGGUGACGGACAAUGCCCAGGUCGGUGUCUCCAGGACUGCUGCGAUCCUGGUCCUGAAUGCCGCAGAGAGAGACACCGGAGCGGGUGUCACCGUCAGCCCUGGAUGCUGCGCCGAAGAGUGGGCUACUCCGACCCGUCGUCGGGUAAAGAUAUACUCGGCAGUAGAUCUCUGUGUUUCAUGUUUAUUUGCGCGUUUGGACUUGUCACGCUCUUGCAGCAGAUUCUAUAUGGAAAAAACUACAUUAAGAGUUCGCAACAGCUUAGCCGACUCAAAGGGGACGAGACAGGAAAUUGGACCGGUCCCAUUAAUUUCUCCGAUGAUGGAUCUCUGAGGCCUGCCAGAACUGGAAGGAAAAGAUGUUUCCGUCAGAAUAUUCAGCCAGAUUCACAGAUCUCCGUAAUAGUCACACCCUGCCUAGCUGAAAUUAAGAAGAAAAAAAAACGCGCUCAAAGGUAUCUGGAAACCUACGAUGGCGCGUUUGAGUACAACUCCACUACUUGCAGGGAGCUCAGACAAGAGAUUAUGGAUGUCAAAGUCUUGACAAUGGUGAAAACCUCAGAGCUGUUUGAGAGAUGGCGAAAUGUGCAGGUCUGUAAAUGGGAGCAGAACAAGGAGGAGACCAACAACUUUAAGAUGUCUCUUUCUCGCUGCUGUAAUGCUCCAUCCUUUUUGUUCACCACCAAGAGGAACACUCCUGCAGGGACCAAGCUGAGGUACGAGGUGGACACCAGUGGUAUCCUCCCCAUUACCACAGAGAUCUUUAAGAUGUUCCCAGAUGAUAUGCCAUAUUUAAAAUCCCAGUACAAAAAAUGUGCUGUGAUUGGAAACGGUGGUAUCAUCAAGAACAGCAAAUGUGGAAAGGAAAUCGACUCAGCAGAUUUUGUUUUCAGAUGUAACAUACCUCCCAUCAAUGAGAAGUACUCAGCAGAUGUUGGCACGAAAACAGAUCUGGUGACAAUAAAUCCAAGCAUUAUUACUGAGAGAUUUCAGAGGCUGGAGAAAUGGCGGCGACCUUUUUAUGAAGUACUCCAGAAUUACGAGAAUUCCUCCGUGGUGCUACCCGCCUUCUACAACACCCGCAACACUGACGUAUCUUUCAGAGUAAAGUACAUGCUGGAUGAUUUCGACUCCCAGAGAGGCGUGUUCUUCUUCCACCCGCAGUACCUGCUCAAUGUGCAGCGUUUCUGGGCAGUUCAGGGCGUCCGGGCCAAACGACUCAGCAGUGGCCUGAUGCUUGUGACCGCUGCCUUAGAGCUGUGCCAGGAGGUCCACCUCUACGGUUUCUGGGCAUUUCCCAUGAACCCCUCUGGUAUCUUCGUCACUCACCACUACUAUGACAACGUCAAGCCGCGACCCGGGUUUCAUGCUAUGCCCCAUGAAAUUUUCAACUUCAUUCACAUGCAUACACGUGGGAUCAUCAAUGUACACACAGACACAUGUACGUGAUCCCUCAGUUUUCUUCCAUCUCUUUUAAUUUAGUGUUUUAUAGAGAGCUGGCUUUGGGAGCGGACACCUGCUCCAUCAAGUUAAUAACGACAUAGUCACCGUAAGAUAUUUCCCUUUUUAACGAGUCUUUACUGCUGUCAUGUUGCUAUGGUUACCUCUGACCCCUGACCAUAGGAUGCUUGUUUUAUUGUGAAAAGUGGUAUUCAUAGUGAUGUUGUUCCUGUGAUGUUUUCUAGUGGCUCUGCUAUACAGAGAUGUUGUUUUCUACUCAAUUGCACAGAUAUUUACAGUGGAACAGGGCUGCUGUGGGUGUCAUUGUGCCCCUGCAAACCCCUUCCUCUCUCUUUAUCUUGGACACUCUGUUGGUGUGGCAGCUUUUAAUGUUUGUGCAAAACAAAGUCUGAUCCUUGAUAUUGAGCUAAUAUAUAUCCAUAUAAAAGGAUAUAAUUGUAACAUCUAAUUGUCUACUUUUGUAAUAUAUUUCCUAACCACCAGAACGGCUGUGUCAAUACACUUAUAAAGUGGCCUGUUUUCAGUGGCCUACUUUCUCCCGUUAAAAAUAUCCUUCUAUAGCUGCACUGAGCAAACAAAGUAUAAUUGGAGGAAAGUCUUUUUAAUUUAUUUAUUUAUUUUCACUUUUUACCUUGUCAUGAAUUUAGACAAAAAAAAACAACAGAAAAAUAUUUAAUAAAAUGUUUAUUGAUAGUCAAGGUCAUCCAAUCUGCAAAGACAUCUGCUGAACAACCCAGCCUCUGUCAUUUUUGUCUUAAACCAUUUUGCCUUAUGAGGUAUCAAACCCCUCUAUAUGUUACACGAUGGACCCUUUGUGUUUUCCUUAUCUACAAAUACAUUUGGAUCAAGUUAGGUACUCAUUUGGUACUUGGACUGAAGGACAUUAACUGUAAGAAUUGCUCUAAACUCCAUUCAUAACUAUGCGAUGCUCUGCAUGAAUUUGCUCUGGCUUUUGUGUGUGCCUGCUACAACGAUCACUGAAAUAUGUUUACACUUAAGCCUCUACUGAUCACAGUGCAUUUGGAGAUGUGGACACCAAACUCUUCACAGAGAAUUUAGCUUGUGGAUAAAAUAAGUGUCUUGUCUUAUGCAGUUUUCACUAAUAAUAGGUGCAAAAAUGAAUGAAGAGAGUUGAUGUCUCUCUCUUGAGUAGUACAACCCUUUUAUUACUAUUGUUCUGUCUUUUGUUCAACUUUGAACUGUGAAGAUUAAGUUUGCACUGAAGAAAGUAUUUAGAAUUUUGAUGCUGGACGGAUGUGCUGAUUUGUACUUUUUUGUAAUUAUGUAAAGAGAUUAUAAGUUAAUAUCUUGUCACUCUUUUUCAUGCUUGACUGCACUGCAUCUUAGUAUGUAAAUUCAAAUGGACAAAGAUAAGAACAUUGUCUUCCUUUCAUGAUUUUUAAUGUCUCUUUUUGGUUUCUGUACACCACAUUAUGAUUAAUCAAAUACGAAUGCCAUUUAAUUAGUUUCUUUUUUUUUUGGAUUAACCAAUACAUUAUUUCACAAUCACAGUUUAAUCAAAAAUUAAAAAGGAAAUGAGCAGAUCUGUGUACUGAAAGGAACAUAUACAGUUAUAGUGCUUCAGAACUGACUCUUGAGCUUUCUUUUUAUUUUUACUUUGUAAAUAAAACUGUUUGAAUUU